AAGGCCCAGUGCGCCGCCGGCGCAGGAAUUCCCAGCGUGCGGGGCGGGCGCGGGCGCGCCGCCGGAUGCUCGGGUGUCGCUCGCCGUGGCGCGACCGAGGAACGUUCUUGCUGCUCUGCGUCGGCUUCCUCCUGCGCGCGACCGGGCUCUCCAUCACUGAUGUCUUCCCGAGGGAAGGAUCAACGUAUGGCGGCACUGGAUCUUGUGAUUUCUGGAUCUGGUUUCCUCUACCCCACGGAGGCGAAUCCUUGGGACGAGCAGGACGUUUACGUCGGCUCGUCUCCCUGCGACAUAGUUCAACAUUAUUCUGGCGGCUCCCAGAUCGUUUGCCUAACGCGGGCCUACACGUCCUUCGAGAACUCUGACUGGUUGACCGUGAGCGUGCGGCAAUUCAGCGGCCUCGGGGACGCGGGCAUCGUGCAGAUGGACAGCGCGUUCCGGUACAGGACGUCGCAGUCCCCGAUGCUGCACUACGCGGACGACUGGGCAGGUACUGGGGGCGACGUGCUCCGCUUCACGGGUGUGUUGCCGCUGGACUUCGACUCUACCGGGUUCGUGCGAAUCUCCAUCGGGGGCGCCCUCUGCACAGUCGAUAACGAGACCUGGCCACUGGAGGUAGAAGAAGGAGGCCGCAGGCGCCGAUGGCAGGAGAAGGGGAUUCCGUGCGAGCUCCCGAACGAGCAGGCGCCGCCGGGCCAUUACAACGUGUCCAUGCGCCUGAAUAUGCUGGAUCACGAGAACGGGUCGUGCCCUUCAGGCGCGUGCUUCCCCCUGACGAGCGACGACGUCGGCGGGUCGACGAGCAGCUACGGCGUCGGCGGUGUCGUGAAAUGGGCGAGCACGAGCAUCGCCUCGUGGGGCUUCCAGUUCUACGGUACCGUGGAUCUCUCGACAGGAAGGUCGUACCACUUCACGGUGUACCCGCAGGUGAACAGCAUCGAGCCUACGUCAAGCGGCAUUCACGGCGGCAACAUGCUCACGAUCUUCGGCUCCUCCUUCUCUGAGAUUCCGGCGGACAACCAGGUCAGCGUCGGCGGCAUUCCCUGCGAGGUGACUACCGCCACCGCCAGCCGCCUGCAGUGCGUGCUCGGGGACCGCUCGCUCCACCCUGAGGCGCCUGGCAACCAGACGCCUCGUGGGCUUGCGUGGACGUCG